AUGUCCACCGCAAUACCUUCAAUCGCCUGUCUAGGCGUUAUCGGCCGAAAUGUUAGUAUAAAACACCAAAUUGCCAUAAUUAUCACUGAACAUCCGCUGACGCACCAUGGCUACACACAGAACAACCCUCUCCAUAUCUCAAUCUUCCCCUCGCUCGAUCCAGUAACAAACACAUUCGCUCCGAUUCGCACACCUCUCCAGUUCUCCCUCCUGCUCUCUUCUACUAUCGAUGUCUUUGAUCUGCGCGCAAAGACCAACGCAGUCUCAGGGGUUGGCCUCUCGGGAGACUUUGGGCUUCUCCACGCUGUCGAUGACCGCCUUGCCGCCUACGGCUUCGAGACCAACACAGGCGUCCGCAUGGUCUGUCUUGUCGAUAUGCGCGGUCGGCGUGUCGAUGGUAAUGCCCCGGUAGCUGCAAGUCGGGGCGCUGCUGCAGGCCUACGCGACGCUGAGCUUAAGCCCGUGUUUCGCGCCAUGCAGCAUGCAUAUGUCAAGUUGUUACAGAACCCAUUUUAUGACCCGGACGAGCAUGCUCCCCUGGGCGGGAGAGGGGGCAAGAAGAUCACAAGUCGCAAGUUUGCUGAUGACAUGAAGAGGAUAGGAGAGGGCUGGACCCCAGGCGUGACAAACCUCUAAGCUGAGCUCGGAUUGGGUAGUGUAUGAGUAGACCAAGCAAGAUACAGGUGCAUGGCGUUUUUGGAGUCUGGCAUAACGGUAUAUCCGGUCAUAGACUACCUAGAUAUUGCUCUUGUAUGGGCAACUGAUUUUUCACGAAAUGAGCUAUGUCUGUUUGUUUUCAA